CGGGAGUGGCAAGACGCAGUUCCUCCUCAGCUUGCUUUUGGCCGUGCAGCUUCCGGCACCCCGCGGCGCGGGAAAGAGCGCCGUAUAUAUUUCGACGGAAGCGCCGUUGGCUACGACGCGGUUGUCUCAGCUCAUUGAGUCUCAUCCUUAUCUGGCGGGUCUGGAGCGUGAUCGUGCUCCGUCCCUGGAGAGGAUUCUCUCUAUCAAUGCGAUGGACCUCGAGAGCCAGGACCAUAUUCUCAACUAUCAGCUACCGGUUGCGAUUAAGCGGUAUAAUGUCGGGCUUGUGGUGAUGGACUCGAUUACGUCCAACUAUCGAGCAGAGCAUACCGCUCAUAAUCUUUCGGGCUUGUCGACGCGGUCCGGAGAGCUGGCGAAGCUGGGGCACAUGUUACGGAAUCUUGCCGUCACCGAGAAUCUCGCCAUCGUAGUUGCCAACCAAGUCUCCGAUCGGUUCGACAGAGAAGAAGGCCCCUCGCUUUUUGCUCGCGUCGUGGACGGGACGCCUUCAUCCUCACCUGCGACCCAACCACCACGAGAGUCAGGCGCCGCGUCGCCGCCGCCGCCGUUCCCGCAAGUGCGUCCACCAGACCGGGCCCAUCUCGAGCUAUCCCAGAGCACGCUGGCCAUUCCACCCUUUAACCCUGUCUUUCCAUCCUCGUCAUCAUCGCCCCAGCCCACGCAGGACGACCCGCAGCAGCCAUUUGACGGGUCAUACUUGGUGGGCAACCCAGUGCGCAAUGGGAUUCUCAGCCUGCAGCACCAGCAGCGCUUCUUCACCGGAUGGGGGGACUCCCCGGAGCCUUUCAUCUGUUCCACUCCGUCUCUGGGCUUUCAGAGAUCAACAGCCAAGACACCUACCCUGGGUCUCGUCUGGUCGACGCAGAUCGCCUGUCGAAUUGCCCUCAAGAAGGAAGACUGGCCCGCUAGUCCGGCCCUGCCUGAAAGCGAAGCAGUCCAUCCCGGGGGGGGGCGGGGAGGGGGGAACGCCGCACUAUCACCGCCCUCGAACAACGCUCCAUCCACAACGACAGCGAACUCUUCUUCUCACCUUCACUCCAUCCCGCCACCGCCCCAGAUGAUCGAACGACCAGUUCGACGAACCAUGAAGCUAGUCUUUUCGCCGUGGUCUGGAGGGUCUCCGCGCGGGGGGGGGAUCCCGGACGAAGUGGACUUUGAGAUUUGGAAGGGUGGGCUGAGGAAUUGUUUGGAUGAUGACGGUACUGCUGCUACUGCUGCUACUGAUCCUAAUGAUAAUGAAUAAUAAUGAAUGUACUACUAUACAAUUCCUUGACUCUUGAUCAUGAUACCGAUAAUGAUACGAUGAAACAUGAAACAUAUACU